AUGAAUGUGUCUUAUUCUUUAAAAAAGGCUCAGGAGGAGUUACAUGAGUGGGAUUUGGUGGCUGAAUCUAGAGAUUUGGGGGUUGAUGAAAUAGCUCGUAGAAGAGAGGUUAGGAGGUUAGUGUGGUCUUUGUCCAAAAAGGAAGAAUGGUUGUGGCUUCAAAAAUCCAUGUUGGAUUGGGCUAUGAAAGGAGACAAAAAUACAAGGUAUUUUCAUACCAUAGCUUCAAGUAGGCAGUGCAGGAAUUUUAUGAACUCAUUGUUAGUUGAUGGUGUGUUACUUGAGGAACCAUCCAUGGUGAGAACAAAGGUGUUCAAGUAUUUCAAUCAAGUGUUCUCUGAAGGUUGGAGGGGCAGUCCACAAUUGAGAGGGCAAUUUAGAUCUAUUGGCCAGGGUCAUCUAGUGGAUGGUUUAGAAGCUAUUUUUUCAAAAGAGGAAGUUUGGGCUGCUAUUCAUAGUUGUGAUGGGAAUAAAACACCAGGGCUUGAUGGCUUUAACUUGGCAUUUGAUUGUCCUAUUAGCAUAACUGAUUAUAGGCCCAUAAGUCUCAUUGGUUCCGCUUAUAAGAUUCUAGCGAAAGUGUUGGCUAAUAGAUUGAAAAAGGAGGUGCCAAAGGUUAUUGGUGAGGUUCAAUCAACUUUUUUGGGUGGAAGAAAUAUAUUAGAUGGGGUCUUAAUAGCCAAUGAGAUUGUUGAUUGGUGGAAGGAGUUUGGUUUUGGAGAUAGGCGGAGAGGUUGGAUUAAAGAGUGUCUUGAAUCAUCCAGAUGCUCAGUUCUGGUGAAUGGAUCCCCUACAGAUGAAUUUAAACAUGGUAAAGGCCUUCGUCAAGGCGAUCCUUUGUCUCUUUUUUUGUUUAACUUAGUGGCAGAAGGGUUUAAUAUGCUGAUGCUUAGGGCCAGAUCUUUGGGUCUAAUUUCAGGAGUUUCGGUGGGCCAUGAUGUUACGGUAUCACAUCUUCAGUUCGCUGAUGAUACAGUUAUAUUUUGUGAAGCUGAUACGGAGGAAUCAGAGUUAGAGAAGUUUGUAUCUAGACUACAUCGCAAAUAUCAGAAGUUACCAUUAAUGUAUCUUGGGUUACCAUUGGGGGCUAAUCCAAGGCUGAAGAAGACGUGGCAGCCGAUCCUUGAUAAAUGGGUUGCGUUGAGCUAUUCCUUGGAAUGUGGAGGAUCUUCUUGGGUGGUGGGGUGGCUUCAGGUGGGGUGUGUUGAUCUAUGUUGGUUCUUGGGUGAAGCUUAUAGUUUGUGGCUAAACUGUGAGGGCAGUAACUUCUCUCUUAUUGAUGAUAUCUAUGCCACUGAAUGUAAGGCUGCAUGGCCUGAGCUCCUUGGGGCACAGGGCAAAAUAGCAGCAGCGACAAUCGAGAGGGAGAUGAAUUAUCAGGUUAAAGCCGUGAUUCUGCUGAUAGGAACCAAAGUUACCGGUGAUUUUGUUUGCACUAGGGUUCGCGUUUGGGUUGAUAAGAGUGGAAUUGUUGUUCAGGUUCCUGUAGCUGGUUAG